AUGCUGUGCCUCCUCAACCUUGUACUGCUACAAGUCCUGUACCAGUUCACUGUACAAAGUCAUCUGGGGGUUCAUCUCGAGAGUCGAAUGCUCUUCAAGGCCUUAGAAGAAUCAUCUGGUCAGGACAGACUGAUUCAUGAGAAUCAGCUCCCCUUUUCAUUUCAGGAGAUACGAGGCUUGAUCUUAGCGAGCCUGCGUUGCCAUGGGAGUACUGGACUGAGUGAGGAAAUGAUUCGAGCCUCUAUGAAAGAGCGGAAGCACGGAGCCUUGGAGUCAGUGGAACAAUGCUGCAUCUGUCAGGAGGAUUAUGUUGAUGGAGAUGAUCUCGGGAUAUUGGAUUGUAAGCACGAGUUCCACAUCGAGAAAUGGUUGCUACUGAAGAACAGAUGCCCAAUUUGCAAUAGAAAAGCCAUGGAAAAUGUAAAUUAA